GUCUUCCUUAUUCCUUAAUGAUAAAUAGACAGUUUUUAUUCUUCUUUAAAACUUCAAUUGAUGUAUCAGCAUCAAAUAAACCUUUUGAAGUUAAUAGUUUAUAUAAAACACAUCCAGCACUAAAAACAUCAACUUUAUAAUCAUAAGUGAUUUGAUUGUUGAUAUUUUAUAAUAUUUCAGGAGCACAAAAGCCUGGAGUACCACAUUUAGGUGUUUCUUAAAGUUAAUUACCUAUAAAACAUGAUAAUCCAAAAUCAACAAUUUUAAGUUUUCCAUUUUUAGUUAGCAUUAUAUUUGCAGGCU